CUCAAAGACCGAUCCGCGGUGAAGCGAAAAGAAAUAAAGCCAUCAUUUGUGAGGGCAGAGAGCCGCGCAGCAAUCCAAAUCCGAUUUAGUACGUUGGAGCAUACGACAAAACAGACAGACAACAUGGCAAUGGAAGUGGAUACCGAUACCGACUUCGUGGUGAACGAUUCCAGCUCGGCUCUCCCGGGCGGUGGCUUCACCAAAGCCUACUCGAGUAAUCUGCCGAGCGUGGGGAGCGAGAUGGUGUGGAACUACGUGGUCCAUCUGAUGCGCUCGGCCAGCGAAAAUCCGGAUCUGGUCAAGAUUUUGCAAUCGGUAGCGGGCAGCAAACCGGACUUCUCCGACGAUGCCAUUUGCUAUGUCCACCUCAAGCGGGAUGAUCGGAUUUGCAUCGUGAAGGGUCAGCUCACGGUGGCAACGAACAACGGCGAGGCCAAAAUCUACCAGCUGACCACAAUGGUCGACGAGGGCGAAGACCGCAUCCUGUCGGUGGAAUGUAGCGAGUGUAUGGAAAGCGGCGACUGCCGGCAUGCCAUAAGCUUCGUCACCUGGCUGCACCGGAAGAGUGAAGGAGAUGAAAGCAGUGAAGUGGUGUGCUAUUUCCGAGGUCCCCUCUCUGCCGAACUGGAAAGCAUUCCGCCAAAACCACCACUAAACAAGACAAAAGCGAAGAAUUUCAUACGCGAGAUUGUACGCAUCCUACAGACUGAGGACAUUGACUGUCCACUGCGAUGGAAUUUCCCCGGAACACAUAAGAAGUUCGCCAACCUUUCCAUUCACGAGAUGAUUCUGACGGCCGUGCGAAACAAGUUUGACACGGCCCAGUUCUUCGAACACGCUCACCAGGUCAUCUCGGCGUCCCAAGGCGUCCUAACGGAAAAGACAAAGUUCACGCCCAAAUUCAACCCAUGGUAUUUGGAGUUGCGCUACGCCCGCAUCACCAGCGCCAAAGUUUCCGACUGCAUCAACCUGAACGUUACCCAAUCGGUCCUGUACGAAACCAUCCUCGGGUGUCAUAAGGAAAUCGAUCCGAACGUCCAACGAAAGAAGCUCGCCGUGCGACAGCGAUUGGAAAAGUACACGAAAACCAAGUACGAAAACUGCAAAAUCACCCUCAACCCAAACUACCCCAUCAUCUUUGACGUGCCGGACGGAAUCUGCCAGUCGCACGUCAUAGAAAUUAAGUGCCCCAAGACGCGGGAUCACAUGCAAAAGUACGUCACAGAGAAUGGAUCCAUCUGCGAGAAGUACUACAUGGAGAUCCAGAUUCACAUGUACAUGCACGGCAAGACGGCCGGGGUGGUAUGCGUGGCCGAUCCGGACUUUGAGAACAACAACGAAAUCUAUAUGCACUCGUUUAACCUGAAUCGGAACUUUGCCGUCAACAAGCUGAACAAAGCAAUGGACUACUGGAAGAACAUCGUCUAUCCGGAGCUGAUCAACAGUUGGGCGGAUUAGGCAAAGAGGUUCGUAGCCGGGGGAAAAUUUCUUUCAUUCAAGGCAAUACUUUAAGUCGACAUAGAUGAUGACGGAUACGCAGCGCUUGUUUUUACUCUUCCUCGUAACGAUCUUUAUUUUAGUCUUUCUUCUACACACGCUCCCAGUUUGGUAAGGACAAUAAAUAUGGCAGCAGCCAGCAGCAAACAGUCUCAGCACUUUCGGACCUCUUGGACGAUGAUAGGGGAUAGGUACCUACCAAGAGUAUGUAUGUGUGUGUGUGUUUGUGUAUGUGUCGUCCGGUUCAAAUCUGAUUCGCAGCAAAUACAAAGAUCCUGAGAAGCAUACUGAGGAAUAAGACGACGUGUCCGGGUUCAUUUCGAUGACAUGUGCCUGCUCCUGUUGGGGAAUUUGGAUGAUUACUUUGGAUUUGGGCUGCCGCGCUGCAGUAGUUGAAUGAUGGGAUCCUUCGUGAAUGGGGCAGUGACCGUUUCGUCGCACAUGGUGGGGUUUCCGUAUCAUCUUAAAA